UUUCGAAUGUCAUUUAGUGAAGUUGAAUUUUUUAAAAAUAAUAAUAUGUGUCAGGCAAUAAUUUCAGCGAUGAGAGGAGCGUAUGCAGAGAUGUACGAGUUGACGGACAUGUGGCGAGAAGCUAAUGAAAAACUUAUUGUUCAAGAAAGAGAAUUUGGAAUUGCAAAUAGUGAAGUUAAUGAUUUUAAAGAAGAUUCUUCUCAGUUACGAACCAUACGUCAUCAAGUGCAACGCUUAGAGUGGAAAAUGGAUCAAACUAAAAAUCUUCUGCUAGACUGGCAGAGUUCUGGCAAGAUGGAGCGAUUACGUACUGAACAAAGAAAUGUUGAGCAAGAAGCAGAAAGACAGUCAGAGAAUUUAUACAUGGAACGGAGAAAUGAUUGUAUGAAUGCAGUGCGCAAUAGCUUGGAAAGGAAGGUAAGAUUAGAACAGGACAAUUUUGAACGAAAUGCUGUAAGAGCUCAGCAGAGACAAAAAGACAUGAUCAUUCUUCUGAGAUCUGCGACGCUUUUACAAAAUUAUAUCAGUGACCUUAGAGCACGACAUUAGAACUAAUCAGAAUGCAAUAAAAUCCAAAAUUAUGAUGCUGUAAGCCUCUGAGAUAAAGGAACUAUAUAAUGUGAUACUGACAGCCGUUGUUUAAGCAUAAUUGCUGGUAAAUGCAGAAGCUGCCAGCGUGUUGCCAAUGGAAGAAUUUUAGUAACAGUGUAUUCGGGUGCCCAUCCUAGUUGUCGUUCCAUG